UGGAAUAACAAGUUCACUUAGUCGAGUGGAGUGUAGAUUUUGGCUUCAUGUGGAUACCUGUAUAAAGAAUACACCUCGAGUUAUACUCAAAUGGUCUUAAAGGGGUUAGUGCGCAUUGCGGGAUAGCUUCUCUGCUGGCUUUCUCUUGCCUUCAAACACAGGGCUUCUUUUACUACCCAAGGCAGUAAAACGGUGGAAAACAGCUUACAUAAAACAGUUAGUUGUACUAACUGAACCGUGGCAUGGUGUUCGAAGCUGCAGAGCCAUGGGAAAAUGAAUGUGUUGAUCACCUUUGCGUUUCUUGUGUGUUUCAAGGCUGAGAAAUCUUUUGAAAGGAACGUGCAUAGCAGCUGCACGAAGCUUCCAGGGAAUCCCUGGGAUCUGAGAUGUUUUGUCACACGACCACGAUUGGAUUUAACAUGUAUAUGGAAAAAAGAAUCUACUCUCCCCACAAUGAAUUAUACAUUAACUGCUGCAUGGAAAAACAGAAAAAGUCAUAGAGUCAGUACUACUAACACAAGCAUCACAAUUAUUAGACGUCAGCUUUAUUUUAAAGAGGAAGUAGCUGUCGGUUUACAUGCAAACACCACUGCAGACAAAAGCUGCUUGGAAACAGAAGAGAUUACUUUUUUUCCUAAUUAUGCAGUGAAAUGUGAUUCACCUUCAAAAAUAAAGUCUGAAAGAUCAUCAGGAGGGCUGUCAAUAUGGUGCGAAAGUACUGAACCUGUGGAUUAUGAGUUAAAGUACAAAGAAAUAAUUUCAGAGUGUGAAGUCAGUCAAGAUGAAUCUUGCAAAUGGAAAAUGGAGCAUCACAAGGGCAAUAAAAGGUGUCAUAUGACCGUAGAAGGACUAAAUCCAGCUUCAUCAUACCUGGUUCAGCUUCGUUGCAUUCCUGAUAAUACAUCAUGUUUUGUCUGCCACUGGUCAGAUGAGAUCAUCAUUCAUCCUGAAUUACGUGAUGCACCCAAAGUCAGCUACUCCAUUAACACACUGGAUCCAGGAAAGAGAAGUAUUUUCAUACAGGUUGCACAAGAAAAGCAUGCUGAUGGAUGGAAUGCCACUGUGUUAAGACUGCCAAAGGUAGAGGGAGUAAACCCUAAGAUGGAAUAUGAAAUAAAUCACUCAGAAUUGUAUCUUGUUCUCUCAGAAGCUGCUUUUUUAAUCAGCAUUUAUGCCUACAACAAAGAAGGAAGGUCUCCAAGUGCCAAUAUUACAAUACCUGCUCUGCAUCAAAAAGGUUCACAAAAACAGCUAGAUGUACAGUCAUUAAAAGAUAGAAUCAUCAUUUCCUGGAAUCCAAGUGGGCACAAGUCAUUCUGCUGCUAUAUAAUUGACUGGGGUCCAGUCACUGGAGAAGAUGUUUAUGAUAUGAAGACGGCAAAACUAUCUACAAACUGUUACAACUAUACACUGGAAGGUACUUUUCUGGCUGGCCAGCGGUACAGAGUUAUGCUGCAUGAGAGAGCUCCUUGCAACCAGUUGAAAUUAAAUGACACGGAAUGGACCUACUUAACCAGUGAUGUGUAUGCUGAAGAACAAGUCCCCAGAGUUUCACCAUUGAAUGUCUCAGUUCACCAUGUUAUGAAACAUACAGCUGUUGUAGAAUGGAUGGAGAUACCACAAGAUGACCGCCAAGGUUUUCUUAAGGGUUAUAAGAUUUACUAUACAAAUAGUCUCACCAAUGUUACUGAAGAUUUUACUGUGGACCAUACUGUAAGGAAGCAUCAGCUUACAGGACUCGGAAGAAACACAGCUUACAUCAUUGAAAUUGCUGGCAUCACAAAAGCAGGAGCUGGAGUUAGGAGCCUGCCAAUAUUCCUGACUACACUGGAAUAUGCUACUGGUGAACUGGAGGGCAUCAUCGCUGGAGUGUGCUUUGGCAUCGUCUUUGUGGUGGUUGUCAUUGGCAGAGGAUUUUCCUUCUUGUAUAAGAGGACAAAGAAGGUCUUUUGGCCAAACAUCCCUAACCCUGGAAACAGCAACGCCAUUCAAGCAAUUAAAAUAACAGCAGUUGUGGAUAAUAUGGAAACCCUUCCAAAUUCUUUGUAUAAGGAAGACUAUAGUCAUGAUUCGCUUACCUUUCAUGUCAUUGAAGAUGAUUCAAAGGAUCUUACAAAAAUGGAAAGUGUCAACUUAAUGAACAAAGAAAGCAAAUGCAGUCAAGAAGAUAGUGAGAUGACUGAUUGUGGUAAUAACCUAGAAACCAGGGAAGAAAUACCUGCAACUAUAAAAGACCUUGACAGUAUAUUGCACACCAAGACAGAUCCUCCACCUGUGAGUGACUAUACAACAAUGGAAUUUAUUCAGAAGGUGAUGCCAAGCAUUCUCAUGAGGAGACCUAAUGUUUCUCAGUCUGACACUGAAAACGAAAGUAGCCUUUAUCACAGCAGUCAGGACCCACUUAAUGAUCUCUUAUUGAAAGAUUACAUAAAACAAGCACAACUAGUGAACAUUGUGCCAGAGCUGAGCAAAACAUAUUUUCCACAGGGCUCAUUGAGACUAACUUCACCAAGACACCAUGCUACAUUGGACAGCAUGAACAAUUUACCAGAUCAGGCAAUGUCUGAUGCAGCUUUUGUGGACUCCAUAGAAGAAAAAGAAGUAUUAUUAUGCUAAUUGUCUGAUAUGUAUGGCAUCUAGAGGUUGAUAUGUUGUUUAUGCCAUUUAGAUUGUUACUAUCACAAUCAAAACCAUGCUGCUUAAAGGAGUUGUGGUGCUUUCUUGCAUAUAUUUGUAAAUUGUAUGUACACUAUGUUCAUAUUCUACUUAAUAAAAUAGAAAAAUGUCACAGA